AUGCCUCGCCGUGGAAGCAACCGCCGCAAUGGCUCUUCUUCUUCUUCAUCGCCAAACGCCAAUCAAUCAGCAGCCCAGUCUGUCGCCGCAGCUCUCAAAAAGUCAGCACCACCACCCCCAGGCCUCUUCGACCCCCCAUCACUCGACGCCAAGGGCAAACCAUCAAUGGCCAUUGCCGACUUCGAGGGAUUCGGCUGGUCUCCAGAGAAGAUCAAAGCCGUUCUCGAGCAGCCAGAGCUUCGCACCGAUUCGCUCGCCCAGAUCCCACAAGACGUCACGUUCGAGGAGCGUAUCAAGCACAAAAAGGCACAGUAUCGCCACUUCAAGAACACCGGUCUGAAGCCAGUGCCUGAGGGCUACGCUACCGACGACGAGAACGACGACGGAAAGGGCAAGACGAAGACCAAGGGCGUCAAGCGCAAGAAGCAACGCGAUGAGAACAUCUUCAUCACAGGCUCCGACAACUGGGUGCUGUUCGAUCCUCUAAAGGGCUACGGCGAAGACAAGAAGAACGAGGCCACCCCAAAAAUCUUCACCAGAUACGAGAGAUUCAAGCCCGGCAACCGCAAGAUCCUCUGCUGGAACCUCGUCUCCGCCGCCGUCACGCUGAAGACGACUCCCGCCGAAUUCGAAGGCUACGACGUCGAGUACCUCCGCACCGGCCCCAAGCUCACCAAGGCGAAGACUCCGCGCGCGCAGCCCACGCGUAAGACGCGUGAGGGCAAGGGCAAGGAGGGCGAGGCGGCCAAGGAGCCGGAGAUGAAGAAGGAGAAGGAGAAGACGCCUCCGCCGACCAGGCGGUCUCCGCGCAGCAAGAAGCGCAGCCGCGACGCAGAGGAGGCUGAGGCCGCUGAGGCGGAGGCGGCUCCCGCGCCCAAGAGGCGCAAGGCCAUCCCCAAGUCGAAGAAGCAGGCAACACGGCCAGUGGCCGCAUCAUCACCAUGGUAG